CUUUCCUGCGGUAUGUGCAGUAUGAUAUGAGUCCUGUCGUAGUGGGUAUAGAAACCGAUCAGGACGCCUCGCAUAGUUGCGAUUAGUAAGCACAAUAUGCCUCACACGUGACAUGUUCCAUUGAUCGCCUUCUUCUGUGGAGCUUCACUUUGCAGACUCCACGAUCCUUCUGCGUUCUCCGACAAUGCCUGUGACAUAGCCUUCAUCAACUUAGCGCCUCAUCAAGUCGAUCCAUACAGUUUUACAAAUCCUCUCCUCGACAUGGCGCGCUCUUCCGCCAUCGUCCAAGAAUAUGCCCCCCCGCCACCGUCAACACAGACUUUGACAGUUGACCGCAAAGUGUUGUUCGAACGCCAGCAAAAUGCCAUCCCUCGACCCAGCGGCUAUCGCGUUUCCUGGCACGCCAACCCUGAUGUCGAACCGCAUCAUUUUGGCUCCUCUCACCCCAUGAAGCCAUGGCGAUUGACCUUGACCAAGCAGCUAGUCAUGGCCUACGGCAUGCACCACGCUAUGGAUCUGUACCUGGCCCGCGCUGCCACUUACGAAGAACUGGCUGAAUUCCACCAUACGGAUUACCUGGAUUUUCUGCAGCAGGUGAUGCCAGGUGAUAUGGAGAAGCCAGAAAAGAGUGAGAGCAUCGUCAAGUACAACUUUGGUGACGACUGCCCCAUCUUCAACGGGCUGUAUGAAUACUGCUCCCUCUACGCCGGGGGGAGUCUGGAUGCAGCGCGCAAACUCUGUAACAAUCAGUCUGAAAUUGCGAUCAACUGGUCUGGUGGUUUACACCAUGCGAAGAAGGGCGAAGCCAGCGGGUUCUGUUAUGUCAACGACAUCGUCCUAGGCAUCCUGCAGCUGCUCCGCCACCACCCGCGGGUGAUGUAUGUCGACAUCGACGUACACCAUGGCGACGGUGUUGAGCAGGCUUUUUGGUCCACAGACCGUGUGCUCACUGUCUCGUUUCACAAAUAUGAUAAGGAUAAUUUCUUCCCCGGCACCGGGGCACGAGAUAGCACGGGCCCUUCACAUCCGCUCAACCCAGGAGCCCACCAUGCUCUCAAUGUACCCCUGCAUGACGGCAUCGACGACAAAUCCUACAUCCAGCUCUUCAAGGAUAUUGUCGGUCCCUGCAUAGAGACGUACAAACCCGGUGCCAUAGCCUUGCAAUGUGGCGCCGACAGCCUCGGUUGCGACCGACUUGGCUGCUUCAACCUCAAUGUCGGCGCACACGGCGCUUGCGUUGCCUACGUGAAAACCUUCAAUCUUCCACUCCUUGUCGUUGGAGGUGGUGGAUACACCCCGCGAAAUGUCUCGCGCGCCUGGGCCCACGAAACAUCCAUCCUCCUCGACGCUGCAGACCUCAUCGAUCCCAACAUCCCCGAGACUGUCACCUUCCGUAACCACUUUGGUCCUGAUUACUCUCUCUUCCCGCCACUAUCCGAGAUGCGAAAGCUUGACAACAAGAAUUCCCGCGCAUAUCUGAACGGCCUUGUUCAAUCUGUCAGAGAGCAGCUGCGCUACAUCCGUGGCGCGCCCAGCGUCCAAAUGAGCUUCAUCCCCCCUGAUAUUCUCGGUCUCCGGGAAGACGUCGAGAAGGAGAUCGAAGAGGAAACCGCUCUGCUGGAAGAAGAAAAAGAGGAAAGGGAGGCUGCCGGUGCGAGUGCCCCUGCUGCUGCGUCCGCUGUCGCCGCCGCGGCACGAUCCGGUGUACGCGGUCAUCGACGGCGAGAUUUAGAAAGAGGAGCUGGUCAUAAGGGGGAGCUAUAUUCAUGAUUCCCCUUGCUCCUCUUUUAACUUUGAUUUGUUUGCUUGUUCCUAUCUCAAAAAUCCGGUACAUAAAACUGAUUUCACCUUGGUUGGUCUGAUACUGGGAGUGUAUGGCGCUAUGAGGAAGGGGGGAAAGCAGAUGGAACAUAUACCCUUUAUUGAUACAUGGAGUACUAUAUCAGAGUUCAUCAAUGCAAAUACUUCUAGGAUGAAAGGGUUCUCAUAAUUUAUUUAGAUGCAAUUGGUAUCUGGUUUCGUAAGAGAUUAAGUGUACAG